UCCCGUUGGAAUACGGUUCACUCGCCGAGUCCUGUGAAAAUCAUGUAAACGGGCGUGGAAAUGCAGGAAAGUGAUAUGGAAAAUCAGUAUUAUCCAAGUUCACAUACGGAGUAAUCCAGUCUUUUCUUACCGCCGUUCCAGUAUGUGCUACUUCACUUUAGACUUUAUGAGGGACAGGUGACCCAAUUUAAGGCAACAAUGUCUCUAGAUGCUGAGAGACAAUUUCUAUGUCCCCGGCUCAUAGAUUACCUAACUAUAGUCGGGGCGAGGCACAGCAAUAACCCUUCUAGGCAGAAUACCAGUCCACAUAUUCAGGCCCCAGAACUUCUUCGUCGUUACCCAGUCCAAGACCACAAAGACUUCCCCCUUCCCCUGGACAUGGUUUAUUUCUGUCAACCCGAAGGUUGCUCUUCUGUCGGGCCUAGAAGGACCGCCCUUCGCGAGGCAUCCUCCUUUGUUUUUACUCUUACUGACAAAGACUCGGGCAAAACUCGGUUCGGAAUCUGCGUCAACUUUUACCGACCUAUUGAAAAAUCUUCUGCCGGUAUAGGGAUUGCCAAGGGCCGAGUAAACACGAACCUGAGGAGAGACUCCUGGAGGAAGAGUAUGGAGAAGAGUUCCGACUCGGCUUUUUCUAGCGAUUACAGAAGUAGUAACGUUGGUCCGAGUGAUUCAGAGAAAGACUGCCCUAGUAGAAGAGACUCGGAAUCGACGGCCGUCAAUCUUCCCCGUUUAGGGGUCAUCCCCGCAAACGAUUCUGAAAGUGGGGGAAGUCAUUCUCCUUCACCGAGGGCAAGUCGCCGACGUCAGAGAAUAAGAAACCUUUCGCUCACUUCAUUGUGUAUACUGUCGCACCACCCAUUCUUCACCAUGUUCCGGGAAUGCCUUUUUAUUCUUAAGAAACUGAUCGAUGCUUGCAAUGAAUCGUCCAAUCCUAGGAGGGUCGGAGGGUCUAAGCAGCUGUCAAGGGAUAACGUUUGGAGUGUCCUAUCUGGACUCGCAACGGAUUCUACCUCUUCAAUCGUUCUUCACGACGUUAAAGAGAUCGAAACAUGGAUUUUAAAAUUGCUUUCAUCACCUGUGCCCAUUCCAGGAAAAACAAAGGUGGAAGUAGAGAUAUUAUCUCCAAGCGUAUAUGACCCGUUAGUGUUCGCAUUGCCCAAUCAUACCAGAUUUAGCCUUGCCGAUUUUCCAUUACACCUGCCUCUGGAAUUGUUAGGUGUGGAAACGUGUUUGAAAGUGUUAACCAUAAUCCUUUUAGAAAAUAAAGUAGUGUUCCAAUCGAGAGACUACAACGCGUUGUCUAUGUCUGUGAUGGCUUUCGUUACGAUGAUUUAUCCCUUAGAGUACAUGUUUCCUGUGAUCCCCCUGCUGCCGACGUGCAUGAGCUGUGCUGAACAGCUUCUUCUCGCACCAACUCCAUUUGUGAUCGGUCUUCCGGCCAGUUUCUUGAUGUAUAAGAAAAAUUUCAAAUUACCGGAUGAUGUUUGGCUGGUCGAUUUGGACUCUAACAAACUCAUAUCUCCUUACGAGAUACCCCCUCUACCCGAACCAGAAGGCACGAUUUUAAAAAAUCACUUGAAGCAGGCCAUAGGAUCCCUAUCAACACCCAGUACGUUAAACCAGCAGCUUCAGCCCUCCAGAAGAGAGAGCAUACCUUCUCCGAACACAUUAAGUAUAACAAAAAGUAAGUCGUCUGAGACGGAAGUAUCUCCUGCGCUGUCUCCAGUAAACACCAAUGUGCAACAGAGAUUGUCCAUAACUCCAACACCGCCCGCAUAUUCGCCACAAACACGGCCUUCGACACCCUCGCUAGGUUUCAAUCCGUUCAUUUACGGGAAUGACGUUGAUUCUGUAGAUGUAGCCACACGUGUAGCAAUGGUCCGUUUCUUUAACUCGCAAAACUUGCUAGCAAACUUUUCCGAGCAUACUCGAACAUUAAGGUUAUACCCAAGACCCGUCGUAGCGUUUCAAAUUAAUAGUUUCCUGAGGUCACGACCACGAGCUUCUCAGUUUCUCAACAGGUUCGCGAGAACUCAAGCCGUGGAGUUUCUAGCAGAGUGGUCUCUGACACCCACUAAUGUGGCUUUUCAAAGGGUUCACACUGGGGUGCUGGACCCGGCUCUGAUCGGUGAUAAACCUAAGUGGUAUAUACACACAUUAGAACCGAUUAAAUUCGUCGUUUGGGAUGACGGCAGCUCUUUAAAUGGUGCUUUAAGAAGCAUACAGAACACAGAAAGCCAGCCAACGGACGAAAGUGGCUCGGACUCUGAAGAGGCGGAAAGUACUAGCUCCAGUUACUCGUCAUUAAGCGACUUUGUAUCGGAAAUGGUAUCGUCAGACUUAUCGCCGGGUUACAUCUCUUACCACGAACAAAGGAAAGUCUCAGCACAAAACAUGUCUUUCUCGUCCAGCGUUGACGUCGCAAACGUAUACAAACCUCCGUCGGAAUUAUGUUACCCAGACGGGGAAUUGCCCGUGGCUAGAUCGGAUUCGCCUCAUUCGUCUUCUAGUAGUGAUUCGGAUUUGAGUUCGCCAUCUUUCAACCGAGAUUCCGAGUUAGAGUUUGGGAACAAGUUAAAAACGGAGCAGGUCAGUACUGUGAAGGUAGACAAGGAGGAAACUGGUAGUUACGAGAACGAAUCUGACUCGAAUUCUACAACUACCCCGAAGACUGUGGUUAGUACCAAUAACGUAAGGCAAACUUCCCCGUCAAGUGAAGUGGAAAGGCCUAUUACGCCACGGAAAGGGAGAAGGUCCAUUACACCGGUACCUCCUAUAACACCAUGUUUGCAGAAACAGCCGAGCGUUGGGAACGUGCUAGCCAGAACGUCUAGUUUUGGAUCCUCCGGAAACGGUAGUCCAAAUCUACCACUGUCUGCUGGUAGCGGGGUAACGAGGCAAAGCUCGCAGAGUUCUAUUUUCGAACAGUUUACCUCCCAAGCAAAGGAACUCGUGAGAGAGACUACAAGGCAAAGUAGUCAGGAUGGUAUUCUCGCACAAAUGGAUAAGUUAAAGAUACAAGCCAAAGAAAAACUUACAGAAGCAGAAGAAAGUAACAUAUUUGCUCCAUUCGACAAGCUGACGACUCAAGCUAAAAAAGCAGCUGAGGAGGCUUCUAAGAGUGUCCAGGAGGCUAGCAAAAGUGCCAUAGAGGCUAGUAAAACCGCCACCGCCAUGAGCAAGAACACUCUAGACGAUUUGACUUACGUGGGGAAGUCGACACUGGGCGAUUUAACCAAAAGUGCCAAGGAAGCGGUUACAAAGAAAGGAUUAUUGCGGGGAGAUUCUUUCACGAAACAAAGCGACGCGAGGAGAGAAUCUACAAGUAACACGUCUAUAGUUGCAACGUCGAAUGUCCUGACUGGAGCGAGCCGAGAUUUCUUCUCGAAUAUAAGUUCCGAUAUUAACGGUCUCGCCGCGAGCACCACCAGCAUGUUUUCUGACCUAUUCGGUACCAAAAAGGAGGCCACGAAAGCCGUGGAACAUCACACUCAGCAGCAGCAGCAGAAGCCGAAACCAAAAGAUAACUUGAAAACUGGCAUGUUCGGGCCUUUUAAUAGAGGUCCGAAGGGCUUGGCCGAAAAGAGCCCUUUGAUAAAACAUGUACCGAGAAGGCAAGACGACUUACAGCGCAAGCAGUCCGUGGAUAAGAGCGCUACCAACAGCGAAAAUCAAGCGUUUUUGAAAGACGUCGUCACUAGUGUUUUGGAAGGGGAAGGCGUGGGCUGGUUGAAGAUGAAUAGGUUAAAGAAACUGAUGGAGGACGAGUCGUACCGAAAUUUUGUCGUCAGCAAGUUAAACAAAACUUUAGACAAGAGGAUUGCUCCAGAUGAUCAUAUCGAUGACAUCUGCGUAUCGAAAGCAAUCUGGAAAGGGAUGCUCAAAGUGAUACAGGCCGUUGUGCAUGGUUUGGAAGUAACUUACAGUAAUUACGGAUUAGGAGGCAUGGCUUCCGCGUUUCAGUUGUGCGAAAUUGCGCAUACCCAUUACUGGACUAAAGAUUUAAGCGAAUACGGGGCCGAUCUUACUCAUAGCUCAAGUCCAAGAUCACCUCAAAGUCCCAGAUAUUCAAUCCAGUCCUCUGAUUGGGAAUCGUCAAGGAAGUCAUCUCAAGCAGAUCCGCCUGAAGUUCGGUUAACCGGAGACGAUUCCGACAAAGACCAACCCUCGACGGCCGACAUGUUCAAGGACAUGCUCACACAGAAGAAGAACAUGCUGUUCAGCAAGUUAACAUCGUUCGACUCUGACGCUGAGGGCACUAUGCAUGGUUCGGGGGGCACUGUGUCUCCUUCCGGAGGGUCGAUAACUACCGGUCCAGCCUGUAACCUUAACAGGGGCGGCGGCCAGGCUUCGUUCCGGUCCACGGUCUCCGAUACGGAAGUAGAAACGCUUCAGUUCCCGAAGCUGCCGAAACAACGCACCUCCAGCGUCUGGUCUAGUAAAUCGUCGCUUAGCACCGGGUUCAGGUACCACGGGGGCCACAUAAUAAACACGGCGACGUCGCCGAGCCCCGACGCCAUCCGAACUUAUCUGUUCGAAGGCAUGUUGGGCAAAGAAAGGUCCACGCUCUGGGAUCAGAUGCAGUUUUGGGAAGACGCCUUCUUAGACGCCGUGUCGCAGGAGAGAGACAUGAUUGGAAUGGACCAGGGACCGAGAGAAAUGAUGGAGCGGUAUAAGAGCCUGAGCGACACGGAGAGAAAAAGACUAGAACACGAGGAGGAUAAACUGUUAGCGACGCAGUUGUAUAAUUUAACGGCUAUUUUGGUCAUGCUCAAUUGUAAUAAGGACGAAGUUAAGAGGAAAAUAAGGAGGCUACUUGGGAAGAGUCACAUCGGCUUGGUUUACAGUCAAGAAGUGAAUUUGUUGCUGGAUCAGAUCCACCAGUUGAAUGGUAACGAUAUCGAUUUGAAACCUUUGGGGUCUCGUCUUUUGCAUCGGCAGAGCUUUACGGUACAUCAGGGCGUCGAUUGCACUGGAGAGUUGAGGUUUAUGGAAGUAAGGGACGACGGAUUGGUGCUCAGGUCUGUGUCGGGUGUAAUCGUGGAAAGGUGGUGGUUCGAGAGGCUGGUCAAUAUGACCUACAGCCCGAAAAAUAAAGUUCUGUGCCUUUGGAGACGGAACGGGCAACAGACGCAGUUGCAUAAGUACUACACGAAGAAAUCCAAGCAGCUCUAUUACUGCAUAAAGGAUGCCAUGGAAAGGGGCGGCGUUGCCGGAACCGCCCCCGAACUGGGAGGCGAGUUUCCCGUUCAGGAUAUGAGCACGGGCGAGGGAGGCCUGUUGCAGGUUUGCAUGGAGGGAGUGGGCCUGCUCUUCGCCAACAGCAAGGAUUUUGAGUUUUUCGUGAGGAUCGUUCACAUUAGGAAGUGCUUUACUCAGAAGGGAAACAUUUUUGUUAUCGAAGAGUUCAAUCCCAAAACUAGGCACGUUAUCCAGAGAAAGUAUAAAUCGCCCAUGGCUGACCAAAUCUGCUACUCCGUGCUCUGCGUCUUCUCCUACGUGGCCGCUGGCGUAGACAAAAACACCCAGAAGCGGAAACAGUCGGCUUUGUCGCAACUGCCCGGCGCUUCGUGCCUCAAACCAGCCACAUCACCUCAGGAACGUCCCGUUCCACCGAGUCCAAAUCCUUGCGUCAUUCCGCCUCCCGUAAGUCCCGACCCCGGGUCGAUAACACCCAUGGGAGGGCCCCCUAAGUAUCCCCCUCCGGCCCUGCCGCCCGGAGUUGCACCCCCUGCCCCCCCGCCCGGUAUAAAAACUAUACCAGCCCAAUUGUCUACCACGAUCCCCCCCCACAUCACCCCCCCGCCUAUACCGAGCAGGACUAUCCCGCCCAGGCAGAUUUCGAUAUCGCAACCGCCUCAGCCCCCUCCCAGGCCGAAGUGACGCCAUAAAAGGUAUUCUCUGCCUUUUAUUUACGGUAGUCAGUGCAGAGGUCCGUCUUGUCUUCCUUGGGUUUAGGCGUUAACUUUAGGAGUGGAUAGAUUUAUAGAAAUGUCGUUAUUGUCGCUGAUACUGACAGCAGUCUUCAGUUGUUAAAAUUCGAUCCAAGUAAUCGGUCAUCAUUAGCUCUUCGAAAGUUUUUCGGUUUUCGUGUUGGCAUUACCUCUUUUAAAUUUGAAACAUCUGGGAUAUCGCUUUACUUUAAUAUUCACUCAAGGGGGCCGUUUUUACGGCCGACAGAUGUUUUUUUUUUAACAAAGGUACCAUGAGAAUAAAAGUUCAAUAUUCUUUUUUACUAGUGGUUGCGGAAAUGAGCGUACAGGUUUGUUGUGAUAAAUAUACAGGGUGUCUCAAUUUAUAUGUGUACAGACAGUUAAUAUAAUAAGUAAAAAACAAUUGAAGUCUUUUGGUGAUACAUUCUGUAUUUACUAACCUUACUUUUUUGAUAUUUUAUAUACUGAAUCUACCAUCUGACCCGGGUCGUAGGUGAGACAGACCUGAUUUUUGCUGAUUCUUUUUACUUCUUUCUACGUACUUUAUUUAUUGAAUCUUUUCAUGAAAACUUGUAUGUUGAAUUACCAGAAAAUUGACAUCUAGAAAAGCGUAGUUGGCUUAGGAUUUGCAAUUCUAUGGAAGUUGUAUUUUUCAAAUAUUUACAUUUUUAGAGUCUACGAUCUUUGGAUUUCAUUUGUUUUUUAUGUAUUAUAUUAAAAGCCAGUACACCUAGAAAUCAAGACACCCUUUGCAUACAAUGCAGUCUAUUAAAAACCAAGACACCCCUCUAAAAUUUUAGGUUCGUGCCUAAAAUUGUGAAGCAAACUCUACUAAAUAGAAUUAGUAGUCAGUAAUUGGUGGGUAAAAUAUUCAUCUUGAGAUAUUUCCAAAGCCUCUUAGGUUUUUAAAUUGGAACUUCACAAAUUUAAUAUUUUAAAUACUUAAGAGGGCUCUAUAGCAAAUAGCCAACCAGCAAUACAUUUUUUUAA